AAAGUAAAUCUAAGUACAUAUAACUGUAAACAUAUUUAACACCCCGCUGGCCAGAUUAGCUUGAAAACAAAACCCGACCCAACCAACUUUAAUAAUAAAAUAACAAAUAUAAUACGAUAAAUUGAGCAACACACGUUUAUUCUUAUUUCUAUUUCAACCCAAACAAUUCGUAAAAAUAGUAAACCACGAAACGGAAAAAGAAUUGUGUCCCAACAUUCCUUUGGUUAUCAGGAACAGGUUCCUUGAAAGCUUUUUUUUAGCGACAGUCGAACUACGAAGGGGAUGGAAGUGGCCUCCCUUAGAUGAGUCCACACUCCAUCAAAUCGUGUACUGGGGGAGACAGGUUACCAGCGAUUAAAGAUGGGGCGAACUGUGACAGUUGCCGUCUGCACGCUCAACCAGUGGGCCAUGGACUUUCAGGGGAAUUUCCAAAGAAUUCUCAGCAGCAUCCAAGAGGCCAAGAAUCGGGGGGCUCGAUACAGGCUGGGCCCGGAGCUAGAGAUCCCUGGGUACGCGUGUGGUGAUCACUUCCACGAGAGUGACACGUUCCUGCACUCGUGGGAGAUCCUGGCAGAGCUGCUGCAGUCACCCAUCACUCAAGACAUCAUCUGUGACAUCGGCAUGCCAGUGAUGCACAAGAAUGUGUCGUACAACUGUCGAGUUAUUUUCUGUAACAAGAAAGUGCUGCUGAUUCGCCCCAAGAAGCACCUGUGUAAUGAUGGCAACUAUCGUGAGACCCGGUGGUUUACUGCGUGGCGGAAACAGCGAGUUGUGGAGGACCACUUCCUGCCCCGCCUCAUCCAGGACAUCACAGGCCAGAGCACAGUCUCCUUUGGUGAUGCUGUUUUGUCAACUCUGGACACCUGUGUUGGUAGCGAGAUUUGUGAAGAACUGUGGACCCCAGCCAGUUCACAUAUUGACAUGUCGCUCGAUGGUGUCGAGAUAAUCUGCAACGGCAGUGGCAGCCAUCAUGAACUAAGGAAAGGACACACACGAUAUGAUCUAGUCAGACAGGCCACGGCCAAGUGUGGUGGAGCCUAUCUGUUCUGUAAUAUGAUUGGCUGUGACGGGGAGAGAGUGUACUACGACGGUGGAUCGAUGAUCUCAGUCAACGGGGAGUUGGUGGCACAGGGGCCACAGUUCUCGCUGCAGGAAGUGAUCGUUACCACAGCAACCAUUGACCUUGAGGAUAUUCGAAUGUUCAAAAACUCAGUUCGCAGUCGAUCAGAGUCGGCCAGUCAGUCACCCAUCUACACCAGGGUCACUGUGGACUUCUCGCUGUCGGAGGGGGAGGAAUACAACCUGAAACCUGUCUCGGACCCCGUGGAACCCCUUCGCCACACCCCAGAGGAGGAGAUCAGCCUCGGUCCAGCGUGUUGGUUGUGGGACUACCUACGUCGCAGUCGGCAGGGGGGCUUCUUCCUGCCGCUCAGUGGGGGCGUCGACAGUUCCAGCACAGCCUGCAUCGUCAGCUCCAUGUGUCAUCUAGUGUGUCGGGCUGUCCAGGCAGGAGACAAAACAGUCCUGGAAGAUGCUCAGCGGUUGGUUGGGGAGGAAAACUAUGUCCCCAGUGACCCCCGGGAUUUUGCCAGUCGGAUUUUCACCACCUGCUACAUGGCCUCGGAGAACAGCUCGGAGGAGACGCGCACCAGGGCCGUGGGUCUGGCCCAGCAGAUUGGCAGCUACCACCUCAACAUCAACAUCGACGUCGCAGUGAAAGCCAUCCUCGCCAUCUUCACCACUGCUUGUAUGGUUGUUCCAAAGUUUAAAGUUCACGGGGGUGGUCUGAGAGAAAACCUAGCUCUACAGAAUGUUCAGGCCCGUGUGAGGAUGGUCCUUGCCUACCUGUUUGCUCAGCUGUGUCUUUGGGCCAGGGGGCGGUCAGGCGGACUGCUCGUCCUGGGCUCGGCCAACGUGGAUGAGAGUCUCCGUGGCUACAUGACGAAGUACGACUGCUCCAGUGCAGACAUCAACCCCAUCGGGGGCAUCAGUAAAACAGACCUUCGUCGCUUCAUCCAGUAUAGCAUCAAUAGGUACAAGCUGACUGCACUUGCCAGCAUCUUGAACGCCCCACCCACUGCAGAGCUGGAGCCCCUCACUAAUGGCCAGAUUGCACAGACAGAUGAGGAGGACAUGGGCAUGUCGUAUGAUGAAUUGUCCGUGUACGGGAAGCUGAGGAAACAGAAGUAUUGUGGGCCAUACAGCAUGUUCUGUAAGCUGAUUCACCUCUGGCGCGACAAGCACACCCCCAUCCAGAUUGCAGACAAAGUCAAGUUUUUCUUCCGGUCCUACUCCAUCAACCGCCACAAAAUGACAGUGUUGACCCCGUCGUAUCACGCAGAGGGCUACAGCCCAGAUGACAACCGCUUCGAUCACCGCCAGUUUCUGUACAACGCUCAGUGGCCGUGGCAGUUUGCAGCCAUCGACAGAGAGGCAAAACGGAUCUCUGACUGUUGGAAGAGGAACCCUGGACUGAUCCAAGCACGGAACUCUGGAAAAAGUGAUGGCAGUUCCCGAUCCCCUGUCAGCUCUACCCGUGGAGGAACCAAGGACUCAAACAGCACGACCAGGACAGGACAAGCCGGCAGUUCCAUCAUGGGAGUCACUGUGUCCACAGAUGCUCCUGCUGUCCCGGUCCAACCCGAGAACACAAUCACCGCCCUUCCGGAUCCAGCCGUGUCCACAGAUGCUCCUGCUAUCCCGGUCCAUCCCCAGAACACAACCACCGCCCUUCCGGAGCCUGCAGUGUCCACAGAUGCUCCUGCUGUCCCAGUCCAACCCGAGAACACAGCCACCGCCCUCCCGGAGCCACUCAUCAGUGUCCGGGUCUCGGCCCUCAACACAACACAGGGUGAUGGGUUUACCCAUGAUCCACUCAGUCUUCCGGGCAGCAGGAAGAGAUGUGGUCUCCAGUCGAUGAUGUUUGCUGACACAGCCAGUGUGAAGAAAGGCAGGUGUAAUCACCGUCAGGAGUCGGAUCCUUCCAUCCCCGGCAACCAUGGACUGGUCUCGGACAAGUGGCGAUGGCAGACUGAUGAUGGAAGAGCUAAACAGGAUGUGGAUAGAGUCACACUGCAUUGUGGGAGGGAGAUGCACUUUGACACAGUUAAGCUCCACACAGUGUUGUGUUCCUGAUCAAGAGGGGUCACAUAACUUGUGGCCUCGUGAGGAGCUGAAUCAGAGCAUAUGGGUUUGUGUGUGUGUGCAGGAUAUAUAUACAGAGGUUUUCUACUUUCCCAAACAGGGUCCAACUGUCCGGCCUAGUCAUCCAACUUGAGGGUACACGGGUAGCCCAGUUCUCUGUGCCGCAAUUCGCUGUGCAGAGUUGUGUCCUUUGGGCACAUCAGACACCUAUGAUUGUGGGUUUGAAUCCCAGUCACCUCGAUUAUGUUUCAAGGUUUGUCAGCAUUAUACCCAUGCUCAUGGGUUUCACCAAAGUGGCAAAUGUCUGAGACAUGCAUCACUUCGGUCUUUCUUCCCACAUCAAGCUGACACGCUGUGAUAUAACUGGAAUUCUGGUCAAAUCUUCUUUGAACCCCCUCACCAACUCACUCACUCUCAUCGCACUUAAUUUGUUGUAAAACUGCACACAUACCAACCAAUAUCUGACUUUUGCCAAGAACUCUCCGAAUCUUUAUGUUAAAUUAUUUCUAUAGAAACAAGAUGAAAUAACGUGAACAUGAUUCUCUAUCAGCCAUGGCUAAAGUGAAGCAGUUUGCUCUUUUGAAUUUUUUGUAGAUGCUUAAUUAAUGGUUAAUCUUCACACGUGCAAACAUAUUACCUCGGUACAAACUAUCAAGAAACAUGAAUAAUUGCUAUGACGAUAUUGAUGAUUUAGUCUUCAUGUUUAAAGCAGUCUUAGUCAUGACUACCCACAGAGGCCCAGGCUGGGAUGUGGUGCUAUCAGUGGGGAAUAAGAGAGAAUAACAGGCUAGGAAUAUUACAGAUUCAGGUCUCGAGAGAAUUACUUUCUGGAGAAUACCCGCAAAUGAAGUAUUUACAUAGAAUGAUACUAAGUCUCGUUUGUUGUUUAACGCCGCACUCAGCAGUCUUCCAGCUGUUUGACGGCGGUCUGUAUAAAUAAUCGCCUCUUACGGCAAGCACAGUCACCUUAUGUAUUUAUCAUGAAUAUCACAGACUGUCUUUAAGGACAUACAAAAUUAUUGAUGGUUGCUUCAACAUGGUCAAGUGCAGAUUAUAGUCAGGAAAUUUGAGUGAGAGAGUAUGGUUUUACGCAUCUUGUAGCAAUAUUCCAGCAAUAUCAUGGCAGGGGACACCAGAAAUGGGCUUCACACAUUGUACCCAUGUCGGGAUUCAAACCCAGGCCUUCAGUGUGACAAGUGAACGCUUUAGUCACAAGGCUACCCCACCGCCCUCAGGGAGUUGGACAAAGAUGCAAGAUCUCAUAGGAAUAUGUACUCAGUGUGAUGUAUAUAGCCAGUUUCAGCAGCUAGUCCGAUAACUGAUUCUUUCAUCUGGACCGUGUGAAAUGAGAACUAAAAUGCAAAUAUUCAUAAAUGACAGUAGCGGGUAACCUCGCCUAGGUGAACACUACCCAGCUGACUGUCGUUUUACAUCAUGACUUUUUUGUAUUAUCUAUUAUCUAUCAUAAACAAAAUGUUUUUAUGAAAAGAUGUUUCAUGUUUUGUCUGAAAAAAAUAAUUAUAUACUACUCAAAAAUAGUUAAGGACCACUCAAUUCUUUCAUAUUACUAUAGUUAAUCUGUCAUAUCAUGACAGAUUAACUACAAUUUUGUUUAUUUGUUGUUAAAGGCCACACUCAGCAAUAUUCCAGCUAUAUGAUGGUAGUCUAUAAAUAAUCGAGUCUGGACCAGACAAUUGAUAAUCAUAGCAAUAUGAAAGAAUCAAGUGGUCCUCAACUUUUUAUGUUGGUUUAUCGGUGUCUGUUUAUGCAUGGUGAUUUGCGGAUGUGCCUGAGAAUAUUUUGUUAUGCCUACUUGUUUGUUUUGUCUGCAAACUGUGCAGAUAUUCCAAUACACAGACACCUUGUUAACUGGAAACUUUGUUAACGGACAGUCACCGGGACCAUGUAAAACAUGUUGAUUUCUCCGUUGUUCUGUGUUCGACCAUAGGACCAUAUAGUCACACGCUCUAGAAUAAUAUAUUGAGAUGAAGGAAUCGGAGUAAACAAGAUCGUGAUGAAUGUAUACAUCUGUGCCAAUAAAAGUGUGAUUUCAGUUAAAA